AUGGCGAGCAGCGAUGAGCAGGAGAUAGGAGGAGAGGCGAGUCGUUAUGUGGACGGCGAAGAUCUGUCGGAAGAAGAUGUCCAGCUAGCUCAACAGAAGGUCCUCGACGCCUUGCAAGGGUUGAAAGAUGCUGUGCAGCAGAUGGACGACUCUGUCUGUUACCUCAACGCGGAGGCAGGGCUCUUGAAAGGCAAGAUGAGGAAGCUAGAGACAUCUUCAAACAUGCUCUAUGCACCAUUCAGAGCAGCACUCUUUGAGUACGCUGCUGAAUCUCGAGGAACCUGUGGAUAA